AUGGGCAACCUGCAACCUUGUAGAUCUCAACAAGGUUACUGUUUUCAACAGGUAGGGAUCGACUUUGGCGGUCCUUUUCUUAUAAAAGAAAACAGACGACGUAACGCACGGGUCAGUAAGGCUUACAUAUGCUUGUUCAUUUGCUUAUCUGUAAAAGCAGUUCAUUUAGAACUCGUAUCUGAACUGUCUACAGAAGCGUUUCUAGCCGCCCUAGACAGGUUCGUGUCUCGACGUGGAAUAUGUCAACAUAUUGUGACAGAUUGUGGCACUAACUUUGUAGGCGCUUAA